UUUUUUGAUCAUUUUCAGAUUAAAAGAAUCCAUUAGAAAUCAACAGGUUCUUACAUAUUUUUAGUUUUUAAUCGUCACUGUUGAUUAAUCCGAAAAAAUAUGUUUGUUCAAAAUUUUCACCAAUUUGAAAAAAAUGGAUGAACAAGAAGAUAUUUGGUAUGUAGAUGACUAUGACGAACAAGAACUACUGGAGGCUAAAGAGGAAGAAGAAAUUUAUUCAUCAAAGCACUCUAUAGAAGAAGCAGAAUUUUUCGCCGACGAAGAUGAGGAUACUGGUGGAUUCGAGAAUGUAUUAUCUACAAAGUCUAUAUCAUCAGAAAUAUUCUCAUGUGCUUUACCAGUUUUGAAACAAUCCUAUUGGCUACUUAUUGUGAUACUUGUUUCAUGUCUUCUUUGGCGUGUUGUACAAUUUAUACUAAGCAGAUGUUUCUCUUCAAAUGGAAGAAUUAUCCGCACAUUUGUCACAAUAAUUCUUCAUUUAUUUUCGAUUAGUCUAGGUCUGUUAGUUCUAUAUUAUGCUUCAUAUGAUCUUUGGUGGAUUGUUAUUGGCCUAAUAGUAACGUUAACAGUAUUAUUUACUUUGAAUAUCAAUUCGGAUACUUCUAAAUCAAAUGAGAAAUAUACCAAUUGGGAAUUAUUUGUAACACUUGGAAUUUGUUCAUCUGUUCAAUUUUAUUGCGAAUUUUACAAAAAUCCUGUUAAAUGGCAUCAAAUUCGUGGUAGUAUCAUGAUAAUUAUUAUGAAAUGUAUAUCAUUUUCAAUGGAGCAUAGAACAUUUUAUCAAACAAUCAAUAAAGAGCCUUGUUUUAAUAAAUGGACAUCAUUAUAUCGUGGAUUAUUAUGGUUAUCGUAUAGUCUAUGUCCAGCUAGUUUAUUAUUUGGUCCAUGGUUUAAUCCAUUACGAUAUGAAGAAAUGAUUAGAAAUUAUCAUAUUCAUGGUAAAUUGAUUUCGUUGAAAAAUACUAUAAUUUCACUGUUGCGAACAGUUAACUUAUUCGGCCUAUCUUUGUUUUAUUUAACUUAUUCAACUUGUUUCGCUAAUACAUUGGCUUCUAUAUUAAAAUUUCAACCCUGGCUUCAUGCUUAUUUUGCAUCACAAAGUUUUCGUUUCAGUCAUUAUUUCGUAUGUAUAUCAAGUGAAUGUUUCAUGACAGCUUUAGGAUAUAAUGAUAAGUAUGUAAUCAAGUCAAACAAUCAAGAAAGCACUGAUGAGAAAAACACUGAAAAGAAAGAAGUUGUAUACAAACCUAUUGUGGUAACUCGUCCAUUGUUCAUUGAAUUUCCUCGAUCGUUAGUUGAAGUUGUUAUUUACUGGAAUUUACCAAUGCAUUAUUGGUUAAAACAAUAUGUUUACAAACCGUUACGUUCAUUUGGACAUGUUUAUGCUAUAUUGGGAACUUAUACGGCUAGUUCAUUAUUACAUGGUUUAAACUUUCAGCUGAGUGCUGUAUUAUUCUCUAUUGGAAUAUAUGCAUAUAUUGAAUAUGUCUUUCGGGAAAAGUUAGCCAAGAUUAUGGAUGUAUGUAUUGCUAGUCGCCCGUGUCCUGAAUCCUGUUGUCAUAGUGACAAGAAUUCAUCUUUUGUAUAUUGGUGUAAUGUGGCCUUCAGUUGUUUGGCUGUAUUUCAUUUAGCUUAUUUAGCUGUGAUGUUCGAUACAAGUGAACAACAAUUUCAGGGCUAUAAUAUGUGGCAUACUAUGGAUAAAUGGUACAAUUUAGGAUUUCUCAGUCAUAUUGUAGCCUUUGCAAGCUACUUAUUUUAUUUAUAUUUAUAAAUCAUUGUUGAAUCAAUUAUAUGGUUAUUGUUUGUACAUUGAUCUAUGAUACUCUCAAUAUCACAAUUGUAUUGUGUGCAUUUGUAAACGUAUGCAAAAUGUACUGUUUUGGCUUGCAAUUGUACACAACAACAAAUAGAGAUUGUUGAGUUCUUUUUCAGCUACAUUUAGACAAGUUUCUUGCAUUCAAUAUGUGUGUUUGUAUUUUUGUCUUUUUUUGUGUUGUUUUGCUUCAAGUUAUUACUAUUUCUGGCUUAGGCAACUGAUUUUGUUUGUGUUUUUCAAUUUAUUCAACAACAACAAAAAAAAAGGAACUAAAAUGUCUUUAAGUUGACUGAUUGAUUUUGAAGCUUGUAACUAACUUUCAACAAUACAAAAUGUAUAAAAAAAACAAUGAUUGGAAUGAGUUUUUGUACACUUACUUGAUUUAAUGAAGUUGAAUAUAUUUUUUAAAUCAUAC